GAGUCGAACCGAUCGAAACGAGCCCAAGGUGAAGAAAAAAAAAGAAAAAAAUCGUAGCCGGAGGCGACGUCUCGACGAAGGGGGGGCCGGAAGAUUCGGAUCUCGUUUCACUCGGGGAACAUUCAGUCGAACUCCAUUCCACCUCCACCCCCGUCCCGUUCGCGUGUGGAUCCGGGGUUCGUGUCGUUUCGGCGUGCCAAGAUGAGCGAGAAGCAGAGCCUUCUUCCCGACGGGAAGGAAGACGAAGAGGAGAGAGGGAGUUCUGGGUGUCUGUCGUUGAGCAGACGGCAGUGGUGCGUGCUGUUCGUCUUGUACCUGGCGUCCAUGAGCACCAGCUUCGCCAUCUGCCUCUUUCCGCCUUUCUUCCCGAAGAUCGCGGAGACGAAGGGAGCAUCGGCGUCCGUCUACGGGUUCAUCAUCGGGACGAACUGUCUCGUCAGUUUCUUGGUCACUCCGUUCGUCGGGGAGAACUUGAGCAAAAUCGGGAUGAAGUUCUCCUUCGUCGCGGGAGUGUUCGUGAGCGGAGGCUGCUGCAUCCUGUCGGGGUUUUUAGAAUGGUUCCCGCCGGGGUUGGAGUUCGUGUUGAUGGCCGUGGCGAUCCGAACGGUUCAGGCGACGGCAAACGCCGGCGUCAUCGUGUCUACCUUCGCCUACAUCGCCAUGGAGUUUCCCAACAGCGUCGCUGCCGUCUUCAGUUUCAAUCGGACGAUGACGAACGUGGCCCAGAUGGCGGGACCGAUCGUCGGGGGGGCCCUCUACGAGGUCGGGGGUUUCAAGAUGCCGUUCCUCGUCAUGGGAAUCCUCGAGAUCCUCGUCUGCUUUCCGUCCUACUUCCUCCUUCCGGAAUACGAAACCGAGAGAAAGGACAAGAAGAAGGGUCUCGGCUUGAUGCGACUCCUGAAGGUCCCGACGAUCUGGAUCUCCUUCCUGGGCCUCAUCCUCUCGACCCUCGCCAACGGAUUCAUCACCAUCACCCUGGAACCGCAAGUCCUGCGAAAGUUCUCCUUGACUCCGUUCUUCGUGGGACUGGUGUUCGGCCUGAAAGACGGGACCAACAGCAUCACCUGCCCGGUCUGGGGCCAUUUCUGCGAUCGCUCCUCCGUUUCCUUCAAGACGCUCAUGAUCAUCAGCGUCCUGAUGGUCGGCCUCUCCCUGCUGUUCCUCGGCCCGUUCCCGUAUCUGCCCAUCCCCGAGACCCUGGGAGUGGUGAUCGGAGGCCUCGCUCUCUACGGAGUCGGGAUCGCCGGGGUGCAGGUCGUCGGACUCAUCGACUCCAUGCACGAGGCCAUAUAUGCGGGGUUCCCCGACACGGCCGACACCCACGGACUGGUGUCUGGGGUCUGGAGCUCCCUGGGUGGAGCGGGCCGCUUCAUCUCUCGGUGGGGUUCCGGCAUCCUCGUCGAUAAGAUCGGAUACCGAGACUCCUCCGCCAUCGUCACCGUUCCUCUUUUGGUUCUGGCAUUCCUGACUUUCGGUUACACGCUGAUCAAGAAGACGACGCCUCAGCGGCACAUCCAGGAGACUGAAGUAGAGAGUACCCCGAUCCAGACGAGAAACGCAGGCGAGAUGGGGUACGCGACGAGUCUCAAGUUACCCCGAAGGAGAUUCACGCUGUGCACGGAGGAGGAUUUUUCCAAGACGUCCUCCUUUAAUGCGAUCUACUGAGCGGGGCCGAGCGGUGUUGGCUUGCGGGUUUUUUUUACUCGCUGUUCCGAGUGGAGUCGAUCGGAGAAAAAAAAAAAACCUUCCUGCAUUCAUUUGUAUUUUAUCUUGUCAGAGU